AUGAGCUCCUUUAUUGGCCACUAUUUAUUGUUUGUUAACGAGUGUGUGCCCGCCGCAAAAGAGUACACGCUUUUGGAGGACGAUCUUGAGCUUCGAGAGGGUGAUUCAGAGGUGCUCCAGUGCAUCAAGGAGCUCUUACGGGAAGAGGUUCGCCCUAUGGUGCAACGAGACAGCGGUGAUGUGAAGCUGUUGAAUUAUAAUGAGAAGAUAGGUGUUGUGUCACUCGCCAUGCUUGGGGCCUGCCACAAUUGCCCCUCUUCCGGCCAUACUCUCAAGGAUGGCGUUGAGCGGGUCAUGAAGCAUUUUAUGCCUGAGGUGACAGAGGUGCUGGAGGACAAGGGUCAUGCAUUUUACGAGGAGUAUGAAUUGCUGUUUCAUUCUGAGAAGGCGCUUCGACAGGAAGCGGCACGACUAGACGCGGGGCGACGCCGAAGGAUUUCCACGAAGGCGACGGUGUCGCUAAUGUCAUUUGAUGCUCUUCACGAGCCGGACGGUGAUGAGUGA